GCUCUUUCUCUCUCACAUGUUCUUGCUCUCUCCCUCUCUUCUGUGUCUCCUCUUUGCACCGAACGCUGCACAUGAGGAGAUUUCAGGCUAUUAAUUUGUUAAUCGUCGACCGGUUAUUAGAACAAGCUAAUUAAAAAGGAGCGAGUGUGUGUGUGUGUGUGUGUGCGUAAGAUUUGGAGAAGGAGACGUUGCCGCCGCUUCUGUCUCUCACGCUUCACCGUGGCCCAGGAGGGAGUGAGGGAGGAGAGGAGGAAGAGAAGGGGAGACUAGACAGCCUGCUGGACGCAGAUUUUUUGAAACCACUUUACCAUCAUCUGAUCUGACAUGACAAUCGCAUAGGAAUCUGGAGCCACGGCAACCGUCAGCUCGGCGACGAGGAUAAGGACACAGAGAGCCAGACCGAGAGGACGUUGGGAGGACAGGAGAGAGGGAUGGCAGUGGAGGGGAAGCCGAGUGUGAAGAGCAGCAGCUCCAUCGUCCCCUGCUUCCUGUUUGUGGAGCUGGUGAUCAUGGCUGGGACGGUGCUGCUGGCUUACUACUUUGAGUACACGGACACCUUCCCCGUACACAUCCAGGGCUUCUUCUGCUACGACAAGACCUUCUCCAAGCCGUACCCCGGCCCGGACCACAGCAGCAAGAUCCCGCCCGUGCUGGUCUACUCCCUGGUCACAGCCAUCCCCACCGUCACGAUUGUCAUUGGAGAGCUGUGUGCCUUCUUCACCAAGGCAGAGGGAACCCAGGAGAAGACGAUUGUCACCGCAGACUGCUGCUACUUCAACCCCUUACUGAGGCGCAUCAUACGCUUCCUAGGUGUCUAUGCCUUCGGCCUGUUCACCACCACCAUCUUCGUCAACGCCGGCCAGGUAGUGACAGGAAACCAGACACCUCACUUCCUGUCUGCCUGCCGACCGAACUACACGGCGUUGGGCUGCCAGUCCACCAUGCAGUACAUCGGCGAGCGCCGCGCCUGCACAGGGAACCCGCUGAUCGUCAUGUCCGCGCGGAAAUCCUUCCCGUCCAAGGACGCAGCGCUCAGCGUGUACUCUGCCGUGUACACAGUGAUGUACGUGACUCUGGUUUUCAAGACCAAAGGCACACGGCUGACCAAGCCCACCAUCAGCCUCACGCUGUUCUGCCUGGCCAUGCUGGUGGGCGUGGUGCGGGUGGCCGAGUACCGCAACCACUGGGGGGACGUCCUGGCGGGAUUCUUCACCGGGGGAGCCAUCGCUGUGUUUUUGGUGACUUGUGUGAUUAACAGCUUCCAGCAGAUGCUGCCGAAUCCUCUCCCACUGCGACCCCAGCGGCCUGAGUCCGUGCUGGGCAUGCCGAUGGUGACGCUGCCCUGUGUGGAGAGUCCACUCGAAAAGUUAAGUGGCCCUCAGCAUCCUGCCCUCUACUCCUCCUCCUCUUCCUCCCCACCUUACAACGCCUACGUCCAACCAUUCUAACAACUUUCAACCCUUUCUCACUCCUCACUAUCUCCCUCAUUGGUCGCCUUUGUUUCUGUUUCCUGUUUCCGCUCGCCUCUUCCUCCGCCCAUCAUCCCGUGCAUUGCUCUUGAUUAUUCUUUUCUUCACUUUUCUCUCUCUCUCUCUCUCUCUGUCUCUCUCUCUCUCUGUCUCUCUCCCUUUCUCUCUCUCUCUCUUUCUCUUUCUCCCUC